ACUUCUGAGGAGUUCUGAGUAUUCCACACUACACAGCAGCAGAGACCAACUGAAAUAAUUACCUGUAAAAUUUCGUUUCUGUUGUCUGAUAAAUCUCUUUCAUCUCUCCAAAAAAGAAUCGUCUGAAUCUCUUACAAUGUCGGCUUCGUAGAAGCUCCUCUGCAACUUAUCCACCUCCAUUUCUAACUUCCCAAUCUGUUGAUUUUUUCUCCUUUCUGCAGUUGCAGUUAUCAUAGUCGGCCAUGCUCUCUUCCAAAACCAAAUCUGGUUUAUUCGAAGCUUCACAUAACAAGACCUCACCAGCAACACCAAGGGCCAGCAAAUUAGGCAAGGGACUAACUAAAUCAGAUGUUGAUUCAUCUUCUCCCCUGCAAAAUCCACGAUUUUCAAUCGACUGGUCACCGAGAUCAGUCGAGUCAAAGCCCGCUGUAGAUCGUCGAUCCCCAAAGAUUACUACUACCCCCGAUAAACAACCCCGCGUGCUGAAGGGAUCAGAGUUACAGGAUCAACUGGGCCUGGUUCAAGAAGAUUUGAAGAAGGCGAAGGAACGAUUGGCCUCUGUUGAGAAGGAGAAAGCCCGGGCACUUGAGGAAUUAAACGAAGCCAAGAGGUUGACUUCUGAGGCAAAUGAGAAGAUUGGCGACGCCUUGGUUGCUCAAAAACGAGCUGAGGAAAACGCUGAACUUGAAAAAUUCAGGGCUGAUGAGUUGGAGCAGGCAGGUAUUGAGGCUUCUCAGAAGAGGGAAGAAGAAUGGCAGAAGGAACUUGAGGCUGCUAGAAAUCAACAUGCAGUGGAUGUGGCUGCUUUGUUCUCUACCGCCCAAGAGAUCCAACGGGUGAAGCAGGAACUUGCUAUGACCAACGAUGCCAAGACCCAAGCUCUUAGUCAUGCUGAUGAUGCAACCAAGAUUGCUGAAAUCCAUGCUGAGAAAGUAAGGUUUCUCUCUGUUGAGUUAAACCGGUUGAAAGUUCUGCUUGAUUCAAAUCUGGAGAUAGAGGCUAAUCAAAACACUGAGCUAGUAGAGAAGCUGAAAUGUGAUGUGGAUUCUCUGAAGCAUGAACUUGAGAAAGCAAAAAGUGUGGAGGAAAAGUUAGUUGAAACAGAAGUUCUGAUUGAAAGACUCAGGGUUGAAGUGGAUAUUGUGAAAAAGGCUGAGUCAGAUGCUGGAAACUUAGUACAGGAGUGGCAGAAAAAGGUUGAGGAAUUGGAGCUACAGGUUGAGGAAGCAAAUCAAUUGGAGAGAUCUACUUCAGAAUCUUUGGCUUCAAUGGAGAAGCAACUAGAGAACAACAAUGAUUUAUUACAAAAUGCAGAAUCUGAGGUUGCUUUUCUUAGAGCAAAGGUGGAUUCUUUGGAAAUCUCAAUUGGAAGACAGAAAAGGGAUUUUGAAGAAUCAGAACAGCAGCUUGACAUGGCUAAGCAAGAAGCAUUAGAAAUAGCGAACAGAGUUGAAUCUCUAAAAAUUGAGAUUGAAACUGUGAAGGGGGAGAAAUUGCAGGCUCUUUACAAUGAGAAUCUUGCAGCCUCAAGUGUAAAAUGUCUUCUAGAGGAAAAGAGCAAACUCAUUAGUGAGUUAGAAGCCUCUAGAGAGGAGGAAGAUAAGAGCAAGAAGGCAAUGGAAAGUUUAGCAUUGGCAGUACAAGAAGUCUCUGCUGAAGCAAGGGAAGCCAAAGAGAAGCUCUUUCUGAGUCAAGCUGAGAUUGAAAAUUUAGAGUCUCAGAUUGAAGAUUUGAAGUUGGUUCUCAAAGAAACAAAUGAGAAGUAUGAGGCCAUGCUUGACGAGUCAAAACAUGAGAUUGGUAUUCUUGCAAUCACUAUUGAGCAAUCCAAUCAUGAAUUUGAAAACACCAAGAUUGAGUGGGAACAAAAAGAGCUUAAUUUGGUGAACUGUAUAAAGCAGUCAGAAGAAGAGACCUCUUCAAUCAAAAGAGAAAUGGAUAGACUGGUUAAUUUACUCGGUGAAACUGAAGAAGAAGCUCAAGUUGCAAAGGAGGAAGGUGCCCAGAUUCUUAGUACCCUAAAGCAAGCUGAAUCCAAGUUGAGUUCUUUGGAAGAAGUUUUGGAAGAAGCUAAGGGUGAGAAUGUGAAACUGAAAGAGAGGCUUCUGGACAGAGAAAAUGAAUUGCAGAAUAUUGUUCAAGAGAAUGAGGAGAUUCGAUUAAGAGAGGCGGCUGCACUCCAAAAAGUUGAAGAGUUAACCAAGUUGCUUGAAGAAGCUUCUUCCAAGACAAAGAAAGAAGAAAAUGUGGAGCUCUCAGGUAGUGAAAAGGAUUAUGAUUUGCUCCCAAAGGUGGUAGAAUUCACAGAGGAGAAUGGAGGUGGAAUUAUAGAGGAGAAGCACAAGCCUGAACUUCCAUCUAAUCAGCUUGAGGUACCUCAGGGAAAUGAAGGUAAGUCCAAGGAGAAGGAGCUUCCUAUGGGACAUGAGGUAGAGAAUGGGAUUGGGAACUCUAAAGAAGAGGAAAAGAAAGAAGAAGUACAUGAUUCGGUAAAUGUGGAAGCAAAGAUGUGGGAGACUUGCAAGAUAGGGGAGAAGGACUUGUUGCCUGAGGGAGAGCAUGAACCUGAAUCCUUUGAAGAGGAACAUGAUUUGAAAAUUGGUGGUGAGGGAUUUGAUCAGGUAAUUGGGUUACCUUCAUCAGAAAAUAUGGACAGUGGUGGAAGCUCUCCAUCAAAGCAGCAAUCAGAAAAGAAGAAAAAUCCAUUGCUUCGGAAGUUUGGGAGCCUUCUGAAGAAGAAAGGAAGCAACAACCAUAAAUAGGUGUAAAAACCAAUAUCACCUGGCACAGCCCAGUCUGAACCAUCACAUGCAAGAAGGUAUACUUGAUAUGAUCUUUCCCUAGAUGGUAUUUGAUUUAUUCUUCCUUUGGCUUUUCAGAAUAGAAAAAAUUAUAUAUAAAGAGGACUGUAUCAUCUUUUGUAAUUUCAUCUGAUGCAUUUCCCCCUUUUGGGGGUGUUGUAUUAUCUGAUUUUUUCCACAUCUUUUUCUCUUUCUUUUUUAAAUUUUAAGGAGAUGUAACUUUAUAAUUGUAUGUUUAUGUGAUCCUUCUUUUCUUAUCGUUAUAUUAUAUCCUUCUUUA